AUGGGCGAAACCAGCAGGCGUCGUCCCGGAGUGCAAGGGAUCAUGGUUGGGAGAUACCUCAUGGGGGAAGUGGUCGGCAAGGGCGUCAGCAGCGAGGUGAGACUGGCGACGGACACGGCAAACGACGAGCUGGUUGCCCUGAAGAUCAUGCUGAAGGAAUGGAUCUGGAAGAACGACAUGAGCAGUCUCGUGAGGAGAGAGAUCGGCAUCAUGAAAGAAUUGGAUCACCCGUGUGUCGUGAAACUCGUCGAGGUGUUUAACUCGGAGACGCACGUAUUCAUGGCGAUGGAAGCGAUAGAGGGCCGGGAGUUGCGUACGGAACUGAGACGGGAGGGUUAUCUAAGCGAGGAGCGGUCGAGGAAUAUCUUCCAGCAGCUGGAGAACGUGCUGCUCAGCGAGGACGGGGAGCGCAUUAAGUUGACGGACUUCGAGCUUGCGACGCACCUCGACGAGUGGGAGGGUGGUUCGUUCCAGGAAGGGCGCAAGUCAUGGAGGGCGAGGAAGAGCCACCGGCGGCAGCAGUCGGCCGGCCGCACCCCCGCCUACGCUGCCCCGGAGGUUAUCGCCGCCACCGAAGAUCACCGGUACGAUGCGCGGGGCGUGGACACAUGGUGCGCGGGCUUGUGCCUCUUUGCGCUGGUGACCGGCAGAUUGCCGUUCCGGGCUAAAGGUUCGGAAGCGACGCUUGGCAUCAUCCAGACGAUGGAGCCUACGUAUCCGGAGGGCCUGCCUCCGUUGCUCACGGACUUGCUGCGGGGAAUGCUCCGCAAGGACCCGUCCAAGCGCCUCUCGGUACCGGCAGUCAUGGGCCAUCCUUGGACCUCCGCCCGGCUGAACACCUGCGUCGACCUCGAGGAGCAAACACAUCUCGCCAGGAUGGCGGUGCAGGAGGCGAAGAUCGCCGCGCUGGAGGCGGAGCGAAAGGCGGCGUUCGCGCUGGCGGCGCAGAACAGCGCCGCGCUUGCGCUGGCGGCCACCGGUGAUGCCUCCUCCGCUGUGGAACCCCCCCCCGCUGCCACCGCCGCCGCGCAGGGGGAAGAGGACAAGCAUGAUGGCCGCGGCAUUCCUCGGUCUAGGUCUGGCAGCGGGAACAGGAGCCUCGGCGGCCAGACAGGCGGCCCCGCCGUGGCUUCGAAAGCGCCGGGGGGGGAGGAGGAGGCGGCGGCGGCGGCGCGAACGUCGAGUUCGUCUUCUUCGGCGAACCAAGGUGGCGGGAGAAACUUCGCCCGCCUGUUGAGGCGCCGGGCGUCGAUGGAGGAGACCGGCCGCGGUGGUGGCGGCGGCAAGCCGCCGGCGCAGGAGAAGCAGGCGGGGCCCUCGUCCCAGCGGGGUCGGGGUGGUGGGACAGGAGGAGGAGGAGGAGGUGGGGGAGGAGGAGGACCGGCCAUGCAGCGGCCCGCCUCGGUCGAUUACCGUCGUGAUGACGUCACGCUGGGUCCUCGCCAGGACAACGAGUGGAUGACGCCCCCCCGCGACAGCUCCUACCCCGCGGUAGGCAGCAGCCUGGGGCGCCCGGAGCCGCCGGGGGGAGAGAGCGGGGUCGCGGCCGGCGGCGGAGCCGGCGACGAAUGUGGGCGCGGGCCAGUUGUUGCCGGGAGUGUGUUCGCGGGCACCGCGGAGAGCGCAGCGGCGGCGGCGGCGGCGGCGACGGCGACGGGAUCGGGGGCGGUCGCGAGGCGCAAGAUGCUCAGGCGAUCGCAGUCGGCCGUUCCGUCGAAGGGGCCGGUGACGAACGGCACCCGCGGCGCGGCGGCCGAGAUCGCCGCUGCCGCCACCGUUCCCGAAGAAGCUGUUGGGAAGGGUCCCUCCUCCUCCUCCUCCUCCUCCACCUCCGCUGCGGCGUCUAAUUUGGUGAAACAGGGUUCGCGAAGCGGGAUUGGGAAGCGUGGCGGGUCUAUACGGUCCAAGAUCCGGCGUUCGUUGUCGUCCGUCUUCGGUCCGACUUCGUCGACGUCUUCGUCUCCGCCUCCUGACCCGGCUCCCGUCCCGGUCCCGCUGCCGCCGCCGAUCGAGCACAGCACGUCGUUGGACUCGGUGUUGGCCCCGGGGGCGGCAAAAACGCCGAGGGCGGGUGCCUCCGGCGGGGUGUCGGCUGUACCGCCGGCGAUUAAUCGCUGCGCGUCGUUCGACUUGGUGGUUCCCGCUGCAAGCACGUCGACGGCGGCGGCGGCGGCGGCGGCGGCGUCCACAAGCGCUUCUUUUUCUUCCGGGGCGGUCUCCACGCCGCCGCCGUCGCAGCAGCCAAGAGCGGAUGAAAAAUCUCUCAAUGCAGGCACCGCCGAUGGCCAGGCGGCGGCUAUGCCCGAAGCGGUGGCGGUAGCGAACAAGGAGGAGGCCGCACUGCAGCAACCCUCGGCCCUGAGCCGUUUCCUGGCGUCCACCCAACGGGAGAAGAAGAAAAUGGCCCAGUCGGUGACGCCCGAACCCGAGCCGGAGCCUCCUGCGGCAGCAGCAGCCACGGUGGCGGUGGCGACCGGCGACGGCGGCGGCGGCAGCGGUGGCGGCUCGGCGGAUGGGUUGUUGCCCGGGGAGCGGCGGCAGGAACGUCCUCGCAGCAGCAGCCUGACCCGUGCUCCGCCGUCGGAUCCUACCCAGGGGAAAUCGCCUCCUGCCGGCGGCGCGAGAGCGGUCUCGGGGGCUGCGGCCGAGGCGUCAGUGUCUGCGGAGGCGGCGGCGGCGGCGGCGGCGGCGGCGGCGGAGGGGGGACCGUGGGGGGAAAACGGCGCGCCCGGUAAAAUGGAUGGACUGGACGUGUCCGCAGGAGCACCAGCAGCGGGUACCUCUGGAGAUCUUGCGGCGACGGACACUGCUUCCGCGGGGUCAAGCCCGUCCCAUUCUGUCACCGCCGCUGCUGCCGCUGCGAACUCUGCGAAGACGAGGCCGCUGCCCGGGUUACAAGAGGGGGUGCGGCCCGCUGCGGGGGCCCCGGCGGCGACGGAAUCACUGGGUGAGGAUAACGCCAACAGCGUAGUGGAGCGGUGGUCGCGCCGGAUCGUGGCAACGUCGUCUGCGGCUGAGGCGGAACAGCCCACCGUUCCUCAAGAGGUGACCGCUUCUGCGGCGGAACAGCCUACCGUUCCUCAAGCGGCGACCUCGGAGGAUUCCCAACAGGCCGUGCCUCUUGCUGCGGAGUCGGGUUUGAUGAGCGAGCCGAAGAACGUUGGCGCGUCGGUGACGGACGACGCGCCUGUUUCGGAGUCUGCCGGGGCGAAUACGCCGGCGGCGGCGGAUGAGGCGUCUGCUGCGAUGGCGUCGUUGCUCGAAGACGGCUAUCCGCCGGGUCUGCCGCUGGCACCAGCAGGGCCGGGGGCAUUGCCGAUCGUGCUCGAAGGUUCCGCCUGUGAAGCAACUGCUCCGGCCCUGGGUGCGCAUGCGGCGGACGGGUCACCGCCGCAACUUGCCGGCGGCUCGUUUUCGUCGGCGGCCCACCGCAGGGCGCCCGCAAACAAUCCCAAGGCCUCCUAUCUCCGUUCAGAUUCGGAGGUGUCUGAAGCGACGUCCGCGUAUGAAGAUCCCGCCAACGAGUUUGAUGAGGUGACUAGAGCGGUUCUCGCAAGAGUCGACGAUCUGGAGGAAGGGGAUGAGCCGACGGGGUUGAUGUCCGCAGCGGCGGUGGGAGUUGCGCUGCCCAGCCCAGACGGCGAGAGGCCUCUCGCGGGACUGUCAGUCCUGUCUCGUAUGGGAGGCGCCGCCGCUGCGGAGGAAGAGGCAGAAGAACCGGCGGGGCAAGGCCUACCGGUAGACCUUCCGCCGACUACCCCAGACGGCGAGGAGACCCUCGCGGGACUGUCAAUACUGUACGCCGACGAGAAAGUGAAGCUGGCGGCGGCGGCGGUGGGUGCAAUCGACGGCGUUUCCGCUCUCGACAACUUCGCGGAGGAGGACAACGACGUGACUGCCUCGGAGGAGUCAAAGGCCGGCGAAGAAACCCCUGCCGUCGAGAAGAAGCCCGCGGCCGCGGCGGCGGAGGCGGAGGCGGCAUCGACCGACCCCGUCCUCGAGGCACGCUCGGGCGGGGCCGAGGCCAUCCCCGACCGGCGGCUGCUUUGUCGGGACGGUGCCCAGGAGGAAGAGACACCGUCGACGGCGGUAAAUGGUGAGGGCCCCGUCUCCGGCACGGAGAAAAUGGAGGAGGGGGGCACGGCGGCCGAGGACGUGGCGGGGGUACCCUUUGCCUCGGGGGGCGUCGUGGACACACCUUUGGGGAAUGAGAACCCCGGCAUACUUGACGAGGGGGCCCCGGCGGAUGAUGCAUCGGUCGCCGAAUCUCGGCAAGCGGACACGGAUUCCCCGGUCGAGGCAUCGUCGGACAAGGAUCACCCGCAGUUGAAGAAGUCGAGCUCGCUGCCGACUUACGACGAAGUGGUUUCCUACAGCGGCAGCUGGGAAGAGGGCGGCGACACGGCCGUGGAUGUGACGGGGUCUGUCGGACAGGAGGAAGGCUGUCGAGACGAAGUGGGUGGUGGUGGUGGUGGAGAUGAUGAAGGAGGCGACGGGGAGGGGUGCGCCGACAACCGACAGGAUGUUACUGGGCCAGAACUGGACGACGGAGGAGGAGAUGGUUCGUCUGGGGAGAAGCUGGCGGAGACAGGGGCGGGGGCGGAAACGGGAGAAGAAGGAUCGAUCGCCGCCGCUCGCGAUGAUGUGUCCGUCUCCACGUCGACCACGGCAACCGCGCGGUCUACCUCGGUGCAACGGGAAGCGACCGCGUCCGGCGACGACGUGCCGCACACACCGAUGACGGCGGCCGCGACAACGGCGGCGGCCACCGCCGUACGGGUGGCCCCGGGCCAGCACAGGCAGCAACAGAAAGGAACGGCCGGCACGAGAAGGUCGUCGCCGACUCGGGAAGCGGAGAUCCCGAGGGAGCCGAUCGACCCGUCCGGCGGCCCUACGGCCGUCCGCAUCACCGGCUCGUCGCAGCCGUCCCCAUCCCCGGUGGCGCCCGGGCGCAUCGGCGGCGGCAGCGGCGGCAGCGUCGGCGGCAUCGUCACGCCGCAGGGUUUCCAGCCCUCCACCUUCAAGGAGAUGAUGACGGGGGUCAGAGACACGCCCACGGCGGAGAAGGGGUACGGGUCGGCCGCCUGGGACUCGCCGUCGCAAUCACGCGCUGACGGCGAUGGCGGCGGCGGCGGCGGCGAAGAGGAGGAAGAGGAGGAAGAAGCGGCGGCGCCACGGCACGGUGGAGGCGUAGUCGUCCAAUACAAGGGCGGGUCGAGCAACGCGGUCACCGUGAGGAAGAUGGCCGAGCUGGAGAGCAUCUGGGGGUCUGCGGCGGCGGCGGGGGCGAGCGACGAAGAUGACGGCAACGAUUGGCGCAGGGCAAGCGGCCGGUAUCGGCGCAUCAACGGGGAGUACCGGCCACCGAAAACGGCGGCGUCGAACAUGACCACGACGAACAAAACGACGACGAAUGCGCUCUACGGCGGCGCCGGGGGCCCGCUCGGCCAGCCGGCGUGGUCUCUCGACGGGACGGCCGACAAGGCGGCGACGAUGGCGGCGGCGUUGUCGGGGGCCGGGGAGGACAGCAAGGGGGCGACGGCGCCCGGGAAGCGGCAGCAGAAGCGAGGCAAGAGCGUCGGGAAGAAGAUCUAUCGGAUGUUUGGCAGGAAGACGGAGGCAAAGUAGUCGUUUCUUUCUUUCGCGCAGCUUCUUCGUUGGGGGGAGGGCGCAUCGGGGGGUAAGACGGGGGGGGAGGUGUAUGCGGGUGGAGAUGAUUCGCACGUAUUUGUGGUCGCGCGGUUGGGCGUGCGCGCGGUGAAAGAGGGAGGACUCGGAUCGGUUGACGGUCCAUGGUCGAGGCGGGUUUGGUGCGACGGUCUUGCGGAGAACGCCGUAGGAGCCGGGGAUGGUGUGUGAAGACCGAUGGUGGCCAUAAGGCUUGUGUGGGUGAUGGUGCAGCCGGGUACGACGGCAGGUGUUGAGAAGGGCCGCUGCUGCUGCUGCUGCUGCUGCUGCUGCUGCUGCAGGGUCGUGAACCAGUGUCCAGACGUGAUGGUUUCGUCGUGUGUCAGAAGGUAAAAUUUUGAUAUUUGCGGUUGGUUGUGACGGUCGCAUGACAGAGAACGCACCACCAUCAGAUGGAUAGCUAGAGGGCUGCUGUUCUUUCGAAGCAUGAGAACUACCGUAUGCAUAGAACCCCACCCUGCAUGUAUGCUACCGAGCCUUUGAUUUAUCCCCGCUGGUGUCCUCCCCGCGGAGGAAAAAAAGGGCGAGGUAGGGGCCAAAUAAAAAUUGUUUUUGUAAGUGAAGGCCAUUCUAGGAGUGGUUUUCUCAGAGGAAAGAGCAGCGACGAGUCAGUGUCAAGAAGCCCUCCGGGCUUUGUAUGUCCGUCUGCACGACAAGACGUGGACCGCAUCUAUUCCUUGGAGGUGUGUACAAAUAUUCUCGCUUUUUCGCCGAAUUGUUUGUUACUUUCUCUCUGUUCGUCUGGAGCUUCGACGUGAAAAGCUCGUCAUGUUGUGUGUAGCUGCUGCGGGAGAUAGAUAGGUGGGUACAUAUCGUGCUCCGAUCAAAACAAAGGAAUGGUUGCGGAUGUUUAAUCUUCCGAAAAUCUUGGUGUUGAAUAGAGAAGGGAUUGAGCGGGCUGUGUUGGGCAGAAGUCCUUGAGAUUGACUAUCAUGUCAAUACUUUUUGUUUUUGGUAUUUUCUGGACAUGUCAGUUGUUAACUGCUGGCGUUUUAGAUCUGCUCUGGUGAUGUACAAGCAUCGGGGUGCCAAUUGAUGUGUGUCGAAUCUAACAUACGACGCCGGAGAAUGUUGGCGGGGGAUGGGGUUUUGUCUCUAUUCCGUCUAUAAUUAUUAUUAAUACGAAGAUUUUCUGGCUGCUUCUUUCGUGUUACACCUGCGACUUCCCCACCACGUAAAGCCCUUCGUGUUUUCCUUUAUGAUUUCCUGCGGAUUGUCUACUUUCUGUUGGGUCAACCAACCGCGACUGGCUCAUGUCUUGAAUUGAACGGACGGUACCAGGGAUCUAUCUGUAGCCGGUAAAUAUUUGAGGGAUUUCUUGUCGACAUUCUCCGUCCGAAUUUCUUCUGAAGCAUUUUUUUCUGUGCUUGUUGUAUUCCUGGGCCAGCCUGUAGAAAUGAAACGAAAUAAAUGAAUCGCUCAACAUUC